UGGAGACUUACAGGUCAUGGAGACGUACAUGUCCUGGACACGUACAGGUCCUGGAUACAUACAGGUCCUGGACACGUACAGGUCAUGGAGACGCACAGGUCAUGGAGACGUACAGGUCCUGGAAACAUACAGGUCCUGGAGACGUACAGGUCAUGGAGACGUACAGGUCCUGGACACGUACAGGUCCUGGACACGUACAGGUCAUGGAGACGUACAGGUCCUGGAGACGCACAGGUCAUGGAGACGUACAGGUCCUGGAAACCUACAGGUCCUGGACACGUACAGGUCCUGGACACGUACAGGUCCUGGACACGUACAGGUCCUGGAGACGUACAGGUCCUGGAGACGUACAGGUCAUGGGGACGUACAGGUCAUGGGGACGUACAGGUCCUGGAGACGUACAGGUCAUGGGGACGUACAGGUCCUGGAGAUGUACAGGUCCUGGAGAUGUACAGGUCCUGGAGAUGUACAGGUCCUGGAGACGUACAGGUCCUGGAGAUGUACAGGUCCUGGAAACGUACAGGUCCUGGAGACGUACAGGUCCUGGAGACGUACAGGUCAUGGGGACGAACAGGUCCUGGAGAAGUACAGGUCAUGGGGAUGUACAGGUCCUGGAGAUGUACAGGUGCUGGAGAUGUACAGGUCCUGGAGAUGUACAGGUCCUGGAGACCUACAGGUGCUGGAGAUGUACAGGUCCUGGAGAUGUACAGGUCCUGGACACGUAUAGGUCCUGGAGACGUACAGGUCCUGGACACGUACAGGUCCUGGAGACGUACAGGUCAUGGAGACGUAUUGUCAUGGAGAGAUGGGAGGCUGCAGCCCAUCACCUUCUCAGCUCAGCACACAACGCUCUGCAGUCUGUGUCUGUCCCUGGCAAAUCAGGGGUCUCUGCAGUAGGUUUUGUCCUGUGGGCGGAGACGGCCCAAGUCGUGAUUGGUCGGAUUGACGGUGG